CCCCCUUGUUUGACGGGGGGCUGUGCUCUCGUCCCCUGGCUCUCAGUGCCCCUCCUCCUCAGUGCCCGCUCCUGCCCAAAGGCUGACCAGCUGCCCCAGGCAGGUAUGAACCAGACACAGGCGACAGAGUUUGUGCUCCUGAGCUUUCCGCGCGGCCGGCCCUUCCUCUUUGCUCUUUUCCUGGCCAUUUACCUGGCCACGCUGCUGGGCAACUCCGCAAUCCUCUGCCUCGUGUGCCUGGAUCCGCACCUGCACAGCCCCAUGUACUUCUUCCUGGCUCACCUGUCGUGCCUGGACCUGUGCUACUCGUCGGUGACGGUGCCGCAGGUGCUGGCGGGCGCGCAGGCCGCGCAGGCCUCCAUCUCGCUGCGGGGCUGCCUGGCGCAGGCCCUGGCGCUCAUGUGGCUGGCGGGGGCCGAGUGCGCGCUGCUGGCGCUCAUGGCUUGUGACCGCGUGGCCGCCGUGUGCCGGGGGGGGGGGGGGGGGGGGGGGGGGGGGGGCUGCUGGCUCUGGGGGCUGCUGGACGCGGGCCUGCACACCGCGCUGGCCGCCCGCCUCUCCUUCUGCGCGCCCGCCCGGCUCCAGCACAUCUUCUGCGACGUGCCGCCGCUGCUGGCGGCCGCCUGCGGCGACACCGGGGGGGGGGGCCUGCGGCGACACCCGCCCAACCGCCUGGCCCUCCACGUCUGCAGCGUCUUCGUGGGGCUCGGUCCCUUCCUGCUCGUCCUCGUCUCCUACCUUUGCAUCCUGGCCACCAUCCUCAGGAUGCCGCUGGCCACCAGCCGGCGCAAGGCCUUCUCCACCUGCUCGGCGCACCUGCUCGUGGUCACCCUGUUCUUCGUGGCGGCCAACCUCAACUACAACCGGCCCAGCUCGGGCUACUCGCCAGCGGCCGACGCGCUGGUGUCCGUGCUGUUCUGCAUCGCCACCCCCAUGCUCAACCCGCUCAUCUACAGCCUGCGCAACCGCCAGGUGUGGGGGGCCCUGCGCAGAGCUCUGCGGGUCGGGGGCACACCGGGCUCCCCCGGCCACGCCUGA